CUUUGCGUUUUCAUUCGUUUACUCUCACUGUACGCUGCCGUCUCUUUCAGAUUAUCUCUUUUCUAGGAUUGAGCACGUAAUCCAUCUGUCGUUUUUCUUCGUUCGUCUCUGCAAUGGCGCAAGAGGAGGAUGCUAACGGUGCUUCGGCCGAGAAGACGGUGACGUUCACGGCGGUUAAGCCGCAGCUUACGGUUGAGGCACCCAAAGCAGCGGACGCUAUUCAGUUCUACAAGUCUGCGUUUGGUGCUGUGGAGUGCGGACGCUCUCUGAACCCUAAACGUAAGGCCGACCAGGAGCUCCCUCACAUCCUCUCCGCCGAGCUUCAGCUCGCUGGUUUUGCUUUCCUCGUCUCCGACGCUACUGGUGAUUCAGCUACUGCUGGAAAGACCGAGGGAGUCUCCAUGUCUCUGUGCCUGGAGACCGAAAACUUCGAAGCCGCUGUGGACGGAGACGCAGCGACCGAGGGUGAAGCCAGCGCGUGCUGCGGCGGAGGCGUGCAAGCGGUGCUGAAGGAUCCCUACGGCUUCGCCUGGAUCAUCUGCUCCUCCACGAAGAAGGCGGAAACCGUCGAGUAA